AUGGCCCGUCAAAAUUUUGUUGGUAUAGUGAUAGGAACAGCAAUGCGUAAGACUGUUAAAGUGAAUGUGGCAAGACAAGCUACCCAUCCAAUAAUUAUUACAAAACACAAAAAAUUUUUUGCACAUGAUGAAGAAGAAAAAUGUAAAUUAGGAGACGUGGUAAGAAUAGAGGCUUGUAGAAGAUUAAGUAAAAAUAAAAGCUUUACUGUUUCUGAAAUUAUAAGGCCUGCUAAAAUUUGGAUUAAUCCUAAUCCUAAUGCUCAAGAUAAUUCUAAAAAUUCUAAAUUAUAA